CCUUUCUUGGCGCACAGCCGCAUCGUGGAUCCCACACUGGGCAGCAGCUCGGCGAGACGUAAUCUUGGACCGCAACACUGCGUUGCCAGCCUGGAAGCUUCCUCUCCUUGAGCACCGUUUGCUGCAUUUGCUGCGCAGGACGAAAAGGUGGAAGCUGCGCGCAGCAGCAACAAUCUCAAACAAUGGCCAACCAAACCCCGGCCGUUGUCAUGGACAACGGCACGGGAUUCUCCAAGCUAGGUUUCGCCGGCAACGACUCGCCUUCCUUCGUCUUCCCGACAGCGAUUGCGACCAAGGGGCCUGCAGGCGGCAGCGGUGGCUCGGGUUCCGGCCGCCCCGCCGUUGCGAACAAGCCGUCCUUCCUUACUGGCGGAGCUGGUCCAACAGGCCAUCUAUCGGCAAAGCGUGGGACGGAGGACCUCGAUUUCUUCAUCGGUGACGAGGCGAUCAAUGCUGCCUCCGGACCCGGCUAUGGACUACACUAUCCGAUCCGGCAUGGGCAGAUCGAGAACUGGGAUCACAUGGAGAGAUUCUGGUCCAACUCUAUCUUCAAAUACCUCAGGGUCGAGCCCGAGGACCACUACUUCCUACUCACGGAGCCGCCGCUGAACCCACCGGAAAAUCGGGAAAACACAGCUGAGAUCUUUUUCGAAUCCUUUAACUGCGCCGGUCUCUACAUUGCCGUCCAAGCCGUGCUGGCGCUCGCUGCCUCGUGGACAUCAUCCAAGGUCACCGACAGGUCUCUCACAGGCACGGUUAUCGAUUCCGGUGAUGGUGUCACGCACGUCAUCCCGGUGGCCGAGGGCUACGUUAUCGGCUCGUCCAUCAAGUCCAUCCCCAUCGCCGGCCGCGACAUUACCUAUUUUGUCCAGUCUCUCCUCCGAGACCGCGGCGAACCCGACUCGUCGCUCAAGACGGCGCAAGAGAUCAAAGAGGAGUACUGCUACGUCUGCCCGGACAUCGUCAACGAGUUCGGCAAAUACGACCGUGACCGCAGCCGGUUUCUGAAGCACGUCGUGGCGCAACCGGGCGGUCGCCAGGUGACCGUCGACGUCGGCUACGAGCGCUUCCUCGCCCCCGAGAUCUUCUUCAACCCCGAGAUCUACUCGUCCGAUUUCCUCACCCCGCUCCCCGUGGUCGUCGACGGCGUCAUCCAGUCGUCCCCCAUCGACGUCCGCCGCGGCCUCUACAAGAACAUUGUGCUCUCGGGCGGCAGCACGCUCUACAAGGACUUUGGCCGCAGGUUACAGCGCGACAUUAAGCAGCUCGUAGACGCCAGGAUCCGCCAGAGCGAGCUGCGCAGCGGUGGAGCAAAGAGCGGAGGGCUGGAGGUGCAGGUUAUCACGCACAAGCGGCAGCGGCACGGCCCCUGGUUUGGCGGGAGCUUGCUUGGCCAGACGCCCGAGUUCCGCUCGUACUGCCACACCAAGGCAGAGUACCAAGAAUACGGCCCGGGCAUCGUGCGGAGAUUUGCCCUGCUGGGAGGGCCUGGGGGUUCUUAGGACGGCUCGGUGAUGUCGUUGGAGAAAGGCAAGCGAUCUUUUACGGGGAGAGAGCGCGGUAGAACUUCUGGGGGACGGCGCCCAAAACAGAUAGGAAUGUUGAACCGGCAUGAUGUGACACCUUUCUUCUGGCGA